UUGCGUUGAUAUCACACACACACACACACACACACACACACACAGUCAGUAUUCGCCUGAACGCCUGUAUGAUGGCCGGAAGCCUCCGUUUCCUCCUCCUGUCACUCUGUGUUUUGUUGGAACCUGUGACAGAAAUCGGUGGUUUGCUUCUGAAACCAGUUCUGUCUGGACCCAGUGAGGCCUAUGUGAGAUCUGAAGUCCAGUUUGACUGUGCAGUCCCAGGCUGGUCUUCACCUCUGACCUAUGAACUCUAUAAGGAUGCAGGGGACGUUAUCGCGGCAGAAAACAACGUCAAGGCCACCUUCACCCUGCAGGUCAACGAGGAGUCAAAGGGCGAAUACUACUGCAGACUGACCGCUGGAGGUCAAACCAGCAACUCCAUCCACUUCCAAGCAGUGAUUCCUGUGUUAGGAGUCCGUCUGAGCUCAGAUCCCGAUCCAGCGAUCCUCUAUGAAGGACAGAAGUUGGUCCUGCGCUGUCUGGUCAGGAAGGGGACGCAUCUGUCCUUCACAUGGUACCACAACAAACAGGAAGUGAACUCCUCAUCAGAGCUCCACCGGCUCUCUGGAGACUCUCUCACGAUGGACAGGGUGACUGAAAUGCAUGCUGGGAUAUACUCAUGCACCGCUCGAAACCAGAUGACCGUCAACCCCAGAUUCUCCAGCAGCCAAAGCCUCCACGUCACUGUCAGAAAGCACAUCUCAGUGCCCUCGUUAUCGUUUACGGUCUUCUCCAACGGCUCGGGCCUAACAGCCAACAUCAGCUGUCGAUCUGAGCGUGGAUCUCCGCCCGUGACGUUCAGACUGAUGUUGGACGGACUGGAGCUGAAUGUGAAGCGAGUGGAUUCACUAGAGGCCUGGUUCGUUCUGCCGAUCUCUGUGGGUCUGGAUCUGGGAGUCGCUCAAUGUGAAGCACAAACAGAAACCCAGCAGCUGCUGUCGGAUCCAGAGCGUUUACUUGUAGUUCCAGUAGGUGGCGCUGUGCGUGUCACAGUGAUGUACCUUCAUGACGCUGACGGGAUGGUGUCAGCCGCUCGGCUCACAUGCGUCCCAGACAGAGGAACGUUUCCCACGUUCUCCUGGCAUCUGAACCAUUCCUCCCUUCCAGCAGAGGGCGCUCAUGCGGUCACUCAUCACGGUCAGAUCUUGAUCCUCACAGAAGUCAGUGCUGGGUUUUACGGCUGCAGGGCGAGGGACAGUUUUAACGACAGCUCACUCUGGGUGAAGAGCGAGGACAUCUUUAUUCAGAAGAGAGAUUUGUCGGCGACACCCAUGGAGGUCAUUGCAUUGGUUUUCUGUGGUUUCCUGUCGAUUGUGAUUGUGUUUUGCUCGUUCUUUAUGUUCUGGUGCUCCAAGCGCAGAAACAACAGCUGCAAACAUCACAGUAACCAGGACGUGAUCCAGUCUGAGAUGACAACAAUGGACGCUCCUGUAGUUUCCUCUGAACCUCAACCUGAGGAAAUGAAAACCGUCAACCGAUUCCUAGAGAUCCAGACCAGACCUGGAGCCAGUGUCCUGCAGAGACGUCUCAGAGAUCCUGAACUCUUUGAUUAGCUGGUUCAGAUGUGUUUAAUUAAGCUCAAAGACGAACUCUGACUGGACAUCCAUCACUACUGUGCCAUUUUAUGUUUUCUAUCAAUGAGAUUGUAAGGCUUUUAUAUAGCUACCAAAUAAAUGUUUCAUUUACCAAA